GUUGUAAAAAUUAUUCUGUAUUGAAUAAUAAAAACUUUUGUAUAGGUUAUGUAGUUGUUUUGGCAAUGUCACUUGUAAUCUUUAAAAUAACUAGAAAGUCGUGCAGAUUGUACUUUCCUAUUGACUUUAAAUAGCUUUUUUUUAACAAUAACACAUAUUUUGAAAUGUACAGAUACCAUGUCUUUGAAGUAUAAAACAUUAUUAAAAAAUAUACCACUUGUGUGUCUUGGAAACAGAAACAUAGGAACUGUUAUUAAGAGAUCAAGCAAACAUUUGUCGACAACAAGUACUAAAGAUCAGAUAAGGAAUCAAGAUGAUUCUAUGUAUGUGUUUGAUCGAAAAACUAAGACGUUACAAAGAAAAAGGGCUGCUGAAGCAAAAGAUGUUGAUCUAUAUGACUACAUCAAAGAUGAAGUUGGAUUUAGACUAGCAGAUCGAAUUUUUGACAUUAAAAGAAAAUUUAAAUUGGCUGCUGAUAUAGGAUGUAGUAGAGGAUAUGUAUCAAAGCAUAUACCACCCGAAUUUGUAGAAGAAAUUAUUCUUUGUGACACUAAUCAAGCUAAUUUAGAUGCUAUUCAACUACACAGUGGUCUUAAAUAUAAGAAACAGAUCCUUGAUGAAGAACAUAUUGAGUUUGAACCAAACUCUUUGGAUCUAGUGGUGUCCAGUUUAAGCUUGCACUGGGUCAAUGACUUACCAGGAGCUUUCAAGAGAAUCCUACAAGCUCUAAAGCAAGAUGGUGUAUUGCUUGCAGCAGUCUUUGGUGGAGAUACUUUGUAUGAAUUACGUUCAUCAUUACAACUUGCAGAGAUGGAAAGGAAAGGCGGUAUAUCACCUCAUAUAUCCCCUUUCACCGAAAUUAGGGACAUAGGAAACCUGAUGAGCAGAGCAGGAUUUGCUAUGCUCACAAUAGACACAGAUGAAUUAAUUAUUAAUUAUCCAAGUAUGUUUGAACUUAUGUGGGACUUGAAAGGUAUGGCAGAAAAUAAUGCUGCAUUAAAUAGAAGUCUUCAUCUAAAUAGGGAUACACAAUUUGCAGCAUCAGCAAUAUAUCAAGAAAUGUAUGGAAAAUAUGAUAGAGAAACUAAUGAAAGCAAUGUGCCAGCAACUUUUCAAAUUAUUUAUAUGGUGGGUUGGAAACCAGACCCCACACAGCCAAAACCUUCAGAAAGAGGAUCUGGUGAAGUUUCAUUAAAAGACUUGCAUAGACUUGAUGAAAUUGUCAAAGACAUUAAAAAAUUUAAGCAAGAUUAGUUGUCUAAAUGUAUUUAGAGUAUAUACAUUAAGUUUAUAAGUUGAAAAUAAAUAUUGUUUUAAACUACAA